AUGUCGUCGGCAAGACAAGGUAUAUCACAGGUACGAAAUCCAACACUAGCAUCCCAAACUACACCUGAACAAAGGUAUUGGAGAAGUUAUAUUAGCCCACAAUUAAUUAAAGAGAACCACUCGAUAAACCAUGUUGAAUUCAAUCCCACAUCACCAUAUGAUUUUGCCGUUGCAUCUUCCACUAGAAUACAGAUUUUUUCUUCAAAAACAAGGCUGAUAAUCAAAACAUUUUCCAGGUUCAAAGAUGUGGUUUAUUCUUGUAAUUUUCGAUACGAUGGGAAAUUGCUCUGUGCAUCAGAUGCAAGUGGUCUUGUAUCAAUUUACGAUAGUUAUCAACCACGAAACUUACUAGUCAGUUUGAACCCAUCACUGCAUCCUACCCAUGUCUCCAAGUUUCAUCCAACUGUCGGGUCUAAUUUAAUAACCGGGUCUGAUGAUCGUAUUUUACGAGUAUGGGAUAUCUCACAAACGUCACAAGGUCCUAUUCUUUCAUUUGAUGACCUGCAUCAUGGCGAUUAUAUCAGAAGUGUGAACUUUCUUCCUGGGGAUUCGAAUUUGAUUAUUACUGGUUGUUAUGAUGGGAUCGUACGAUUGUUCGAUACCAGGGAUCCAUCGGGAGCAGUUGCAUCUUUCACUCAAGAAAACCCCGUAGAAGAUGUACUUGCAAUCAAUCCUAGUACGAUAGUCAGUGCUGGUGGCCCACAUGCAAAGAUUUGGGACUUGACAAGAAAUUCUCAAAUCCAUCAAUUGAAUAACUUUACAAAAUCAACCACAUGCUUGUAUGAUACAAAGGAAAAGGGUUUAUUAAUUGGUUCAUUGGAUGGCCAUGUCAAAGUAUUUGACUAUAAUACAACAAAUUGGGAUGUGAAAUUCGGAUGGAAGUUUGGCAGUGGUGGAGUCUUAACAUGUGGGGUAUCACCAUCAAACCAUAAGCAUUUUGUUGCUGGAUUAACAUCAGGUUUGAUUUCCAUACGUACCAAAACCACGGAGCCAAAGGUGAAACAAGGUGUCAAACAAGAGACAAGUAAUGCUUAUGCACGUAUGAUGAAAGGUAGAGAUUACAAAGGAGAAGAAGAAUAUGAAAUUGUCAACAAUACUAGUGGUCCUCAAACUAAGAAGUUAAAACAGUUUGAGAAAUAUUUGAACAGUUUCAAAUGGAGUGAAGCUUUAGACAGUGCUUUUGCUCCGGGUUUACCAAAAGAACACACAAUCACCAUUUUGAAUGAAUUGAAAACAAGAGGUAAAAUGAGAAUUGCAUUAUAUGAACGAGACGAAAUUUCAUUAUUACCUAUGCUACAAUGGUUUACCAAAAAUAUUGAAGAUGUAAGGUCAUUCAAUCUUAUAAGUGAUUACAUUGCGGUAAUUUUGGAGAUGUACGGGUCAAUGAUUGAUAGAAGUGUUGUAUUGGAAGAAAGCUUUAGUGCCCUUUUACGAAAAAUUGAACAGGAAAUCGGAAAAUGUAAAGAAGCUAAUGAGAUUAGUGGUAUGUUAGAACUAUUAACAGUAUAG